AUGAAGUACAUGGUUCGGGAGUUGAAGCUCGAUGCCGAGUCCGGCAAGGAGGGCGACAACGCCACAGGAACACAGCCUGUGCAAUCUACAACGGUGCACACGCUACUCGGGCGCAUAAAGGCAUGCCAGAUGGCGGCGAGAGUGGAGGCGACGCUAUACCGGGAGACGGAGCUGAGCAUCAUGCGUGAGAUAUCGGUGGUCAGGUCGGAGGUGCGGUUCAUGAUUCGCACCAAGAACGAGCGGGACAUCAAGAACUGUGCCGAUCGGCGUCGCGGAACCAUUGGCGAUACCUACACCGCCGAACAGUUCCGCCAGAUCAUGAUCAGGGUGCUGCCGACGUGGGCGGCCAAGGCGUGGAACCCGCGGGGUACGGGCCCUUCGCAGACGCUGUGGAGGUUUCUGCUCUUGAAGGUGCUCACGCUACUCUCCCACCACUCUCUCCUGCGCGGUCAAAGCAUCCGCGAGAUCACGCUCCCCGACAUAUUCUUGUACCAACUGGCGAGCACCUCGUCGGUGAACCCGGAGAACCAGCCGGUCAUCAUGGUCAUCGCUGCGCGGAACUCGAAGACGUCCAAGGAUGCGCGUCUGCAGCAGAGCUACGCUGCGCGGCACCUCGAAGCGGAGUUGUGCGCCGUCGGCGAGACGGGCCUGUGGUUGCACUUCAUCCUCGACCAGAUCGGCCAGUUUCACGGCGUCCGCCUCAUUCCGCCGGUGGACACCAGCACACGCGCGAGCUGGUACAAGAAGCACCUCUUCUUCGCCAAAAACGACACCGACCAAGUGGAGCUCUCCGCGGCAAGCCACCAAUGCUGGACGCGGCAGUUGUGGGACAAGAACGGGGUGUUCUUCAAGAGGAACGUGCACGCCGCUCGAGCGGGAGGGGCCCAGGAGCUGGCCAUCGACGGCACGCCGCGCGCCGAGAUCGCGGAGCUGGGUCACUGGGCGCUCGACAAGAUGACGCGAGCAUACAUCACCGCCAUUCCGGUGGGGGUGGUGAUGAAGAAGGCCGGUUACUCUGGUUACAAGCAGGACUACUUCUUGGGUCGGAGCAGGGUAGAGCCCUCCGAGAAGAUCCUGAAGCUCCUCGCCGAGCACAUCUUCCCCGGCGUCGACGACAUGCUGAGGACGGCGGAAGGGAAGGCUGCCAAUGGGUCCGACGCCGACAAAGCCGCGGUGCACUUCUGGCGCACACUCCAGAUGCUGCGCCGCAUCGUCGCCGAGGACCUAGCGGUGAAGCUGGUCCGCACACCAUGGCACCCGUACGUCCAAGGCUCCAUGCUCUGCCGGAUCCCCCUCUUCCAGCACUGGGCGAAACGGGUCGAGAGGGUCGACACCGAGACGAUCAACAAGCGUCGGGACCCGACCCAAAUUCAGGCAGAGGCGAAGCUGACGAAGGAGAUGGAGCGCGCCGCGAACGAGAAGAUUGACUUCCUGGAGGAGCUCGAGAAGCGCGACGACACCAUCGCGUCGCUCACCGCCGAGAUAACCCACACCUGGGUGGAGCAGAUGCUGAAGACCAAGGCCGACCUGGCGAAGCCGACCGCACUUGCCAAGUCGACCGCACCGGCCAAGCCGACCGCACCGGUGCACCGUCCUCCGACGAAGCACAAGAAGUUUGCAUAA